GCGCCUGAGCUCGCAGGCCCUAGCGGCUUCCCUGGAGAAUCGGGCUGGGGAUCCUCUUACCCUUCCACAGCCCAGCACAGAAAUGACUUAGCAGUUCCGAGACUCCCUUGGAUUACAGAGGAAGGGUGUUAACUGCGGUUUCCCUUAUCUUUAAAUAACAACUUCCUGUAUAAGCCUGGCGUGAAGAUGGCGCCAGGCAAACCCCAGCUGGUGCCACCACAACCAGACAAGGCAGGGACAAGGGGGCUGGGCAGCGCCCCUGCGUGUGGAGCACGCCUUCCUGCAGGUGGCCCCGUUUUGUGGAUUUGUACAAGAAGAUGCUGGAUGUCAGAGAAGACUGGAGAGGAGAACCUGUAGAAGCUGCCACUGCCCAGGAGGAGCCCAGAAGACAUUCCUGCUGGACUUGGUGAUCAACACAUUGGAGUCACCCAACUUGCCAAGUGGUCUUGAUAACAAAUACAAAAUGCCAAAGCAAAUGAGUUGUCUGCUGUUCUGAACGCCUGCCAAGCCAAGGCUGAGAAGAGCAUCAGGUUGCACUGACCCGCCCCCACCAGAGGAACCUGCAGAGUAUAUAAAGCUGGGACUCCAGGUUUUCCAGCAGCUGGAAGCCCUCCCAACAUGGGCGGCCAAGCCCUCCUCCUGUGGCUGCUGUUCCUCCACGCUGGUGUUCUUCCCGAAGCAGCUUGCUACAGGAGGGAUGCCGCGGGAUUCCGAGGGGGGCCGUGGAAGGGACGCCCUGAGAGAAGCGCCGUCCAAGGUACAUCUGUGACACAGCAAGAAGCAGAGACUGAGCCCAUAACGUCUACAUCAGAGAACGCUGAAGGAGCACUACAAAUGCCCCAAGGUGAUGGAAAUUCAGUGACCAUAUUAUCAGUUCUACCUGCUGCCGUCUCAACCCAGUUAUCUCCUACAACCGCGGCACGGUCAGCACCACCAGCUCUCUCAGCCUCCACCGUCCCAGAAGAUGUUGACCACCCAACCACAUCUUCAGUCUCAGCAGACAACGAAAAGUCACCAACUGUCUUAGUGGUUCUACCUGUGGCCGACUCAGUGUCUGCAGGCCGCAGAGCCAAUGUGCCUGGGCCCUGCCUCUCAGGAGACUGGCCGGCGCUGAGGCUGGCAGCUCGGGUGCGGCGCGGCCGUGUCUGCCCCGCUCGGCGCCCACUUCGGCCCAGGCUUCGGGAGGAUGGUCCUGGACAACGUGCGCUGCAGCGGUGA